UGUUUCCCUUCCCGAUCAGAUCCAAUGGAGAGAGGUGGUUAUCGAGGUGGUCGUGGUGAUGGCCGUGGUAGAGGCGGCGGCGGCAGAGGAGGAGGAGGAGAACAAGGUCGUGGUCGUGGCUAUGGCGGCGGAGGAGGAGAACAAGGUCGUGGUCGUGGCUCAGAGCGUGGCGGUGGAAAUCGUGGUCAAGGACGUGGUGAACAACAGGAUUUUCGUAGCCAGAGUCAGUGGGGACCUCCGCCUGGUAACGGUGGUCGUGGGACGCAGUCGCAACAACCUCGACCACAGGUGGUUCCGCAGCCGUCGCAGGCUCCGGUGAGUUAUGCCGGUUCAGUAGGAGGAGUCGCUGGUAGAGGCGCAUGGGGUCGUAGGUCACAGGUUUCUUCUGAUUCAGCUUCUCCGUCCACCGCCGUCGUGGUUUCUGAACCCGUUCGUGUAGCUGAAGUUAUGAAUCCGAGGCCAUCGGUGCAAGUUGUGUCUUCUGAUAGGAAAGAACCAAUGAAGCGACCUGAUAGAGGCGGUGUUGUGGCUGUGCGGCGGGUUAACCUCUAUGUGAAUCAUUUUAGAGUGAAUUUCGAUCCUGAAAGUGUCAUAAGACAUUAUGAUGUUGAAAUCAAAGGAGAAAAUCCUACGAAGAAGAUUUCGAGGUUUGAGCUAGCUAUGGUUAGGGACAAGGUGUUCACUGAUAAUCCUGAUGAGUUUCCCUUGGCUAUGACAGCUUAUGAUGGUCAGAAGAACAUUUUCAGUGCGGCUGAAUUGCCUACGGGGUCAUAUAAGGUGGAGUUCCCCAAAACUGAAGAGAUGAGAGGUCGAAGCUAUACAUUCACCAUCAAACAGGUGAAUGAGCUUAAGCUACGCGACUUGAAAGAGUACAUGACAGGGAGUUCGUCUUGCAAUCCACGUGAUGUGUUGCAAGGAAUGGAUGUUGUGAUGAAGGAGCAUCCUUCAAAGUGUAUGAUCACUGUUGGUAAAAGCUUUUUCACUCGUGAAACUGAGCGAGAUGAAGACUCUGGCUUCGGGAUUGUAGCUGCGAAAGGGUAUCGCCACACUCUGAAGCCCACAGCACAAGGUUUGUCUUUGUGUUUGGACUACUCGGUGUUGGCGUUCCGCAAAGCGAUGUCGGUCAUUGAAUACCUGAAGUUGUACUUUAACUGGUCCGAUAUGCGUCAGUUUAGGAGGCGUGUUGUGGAAGAGGAACUGACUGGUUUGAAAGUCACUGUCAAUCAUCGGAAGAACAAGCAGAAACUCACAAUUGUAGGGCUGAGUAUGCAAGACACAAAAGACAUCAAAUUCGAUCUUAUUGAUCAAGAGGGAAACGAGCCACCAAGGAAAACGUCCAUUGUUGAGUAUUUCAGGAUAAAGUAUGGAAGAGACAUUGUUCACAAAGAUAUUCCUUGCUUGGAUUUGGGGAAAAACGGUAGGCAAAAUUUUGUCCCCAUGGAGUUCUGCGACUUGGUUGAGGGACAGAUUUAUCCAAAGGAUGACUUGGAUAAAGAUAAAGAUUCAGCUUUGUGGUUAAAAAGGUUGUCACUAGUCAAUCCACAACAAAGGCAGAGGAAUAUAGAUAAGAUGAUAAAGUCUCGUAAUGGACCGAGCGGUGGAGAAAUCAUUGGAAACUUCGGACUGAAAGUUGAUACAAAUAUGACACCUGUGGAAGGUCGUGUACUCAAGGCUCCAACAUUGAAGUUGGCAGAGAGAGGGAGAGCUGUGCGCGAGGAACCCAACCCGAGACAGAACAACCAAUGGAACCUUAUGAAGAAGGGAGUCACAAGGGGAUCUAUAGUCAAGCAUUGGGCUGUACUUGACUUCACCGCAUCCGAGAGAUAUAACAAGAUGCCUAAUGUCUUUGUGGAUAACCUCAUGGAACGUUGUCGGAGACUUGGGAUGCAGAUGGAGGCUCCUAUCGUUUACAAAACAUCGAGAAUGGAAACGCUUUCUAAUGGUAAUGCUCUUGAGGAAUUGCUUCGAUCUGUGAUAGAUGAGGCUUUUCGUAAGCAUGGUGGGGCUCGUCCAACUCUUGUUCUGUGUGCUAUGUCUCGGAAGGACGAUGGCUACAAGACUCUGAAAUGGGUUGCCGAGACCAAACUUGGUCUGGUAACUCAGUGUUUCUUGACCAUUUCUGCCAUUAGAAGAGAUGGUACCGUUUCUGAUCAGUACCUGGCAAAUCUCGCCCUCAAGAUGAACGCAAAGGUUGGUGGAAGCAAUGUCGAGCUUAUGGAUACUUUCUCUUUCUUCAAAAAAGAGGACGAGGUCAUGUUCAUUGGUGCUGAUGUCAAUCAUCCCGCUGCUCGGGACAAGAUGAGCCCGUCCAUUGUUGCUGUUGUGGGAACUCUUAACUGGCCUGAAGCUAACCGCUACGCAGCUAGAGUUAUUGCCCAGCCUCACCGUAAAGAGGAGAUACAAGGAUUUGGCGAUGCUUGCUUGGAGCUUGUCAAAGCUCAUGUUCAGGCCACUGGGAAACGGCCUGACAAGAUUGUGAUAUUCCGUGAUGGUGUCAGCGAUGCUCAGUUUGAUAUGGUUCUCAAUGUGGAGUUGCUUGAUGUUAAGCUGACUUUUGAGAAGAAUGGUUACAAUCCAAAGAUAACGGUAAUCGUAGCCCAGAAACGUCAUCAAACCCGUUUCUUCCCUGCCACAAGCAAUGAUGGAAGUGAUAAAGGCAAUGUGCCUUCAGGUACGGUCGUUGAUACUAAAGUCAUUCACCCGUAUGAGUAUGAUUUCUACCUCUGCAGUCACCACGGAGGGAUCGGGACAAGCAAACCAACUCAUUACUACACUCUUUGGGACGAACUUGGAUUCACUUCAGAUCAGGUUCAGAAGCUCAUCUUCGAGAUGUGCUUCACUUUCACUCGCUGCACCAAACCUGUCUCUCUUGUUCCUCCAGUGUAUUAUGCUGACAUGGUUGCCUUUAGAGGAAGGAUGUACCACGAGGCAAGCUCUCGAGAGAAGAACUUUAGGCAGCCGCGGGGAGCGUCUACCUCAGCUGCUUCGCUUGCCUCUUCAUUAUCUUCACUUACAAUGGAGGACAAAGCGAUAUUCAAGCUGCAUGCAGAGCUUGAGAACAUUAUGUUCUUCGUCUGAAGAAGAGAAGCAGAAACUACGUCUUUUCGUUUGGUAUUAUUGUAUGUAAGAUUCAGUAAUGAUUUCAUAUUUUGCUAGCGUUUUGCAAAUUUGUUUCUGAGUUUUGUUAAAAUGCUUAAGAUCUCAGAGAUGAGAAAACCAGUAACAGGAAUAUAUUCUUGUCUUGCCUUUUACAUGUUCAGUUUGUGUCUGAAAUUUAGUAAUUGCAUUGAUCAUGAUCAUGUCCGGUUGCUACUGAAGUAUGAUGAAACUCUGUAUACAAUACAAAACAUAAUCUGUA